AUGGGGGAGGCUGAGCGCCGUGAGGCGGGGUGGGGCUGGCGCGCGGCAGAUAGGCGGGCGGCGGCGGGCGCGCGGGCACGUGACGGAGGUGAGGGGAGCCCGGCGGCGGUGGCCGGGGCGGCGGAGGAACAUGGAGCUGAAAUGGCUGCUGUGUGUGACCCUGCUGGCCCUCGGGAUCCUCGCUGUCCAGGCACACGAUAUGGAUGAAGACAAUGAUGCUGAUGAUGUAGUUGAUAUUGAGGAUGACUUGGAUGAUGGUAUUGAGGAGGUAGAAGAGUCAAAGUCUGAAACAAGCAGUCCUCCUCCAGCUCCAAAGGUUACUUACAGGCCCCCUGUCCCAACUGGUGAAGUGUAUUUUGUGGAAUCUUUUGAUAAAGGAACUCUGGAUGGAUGGAUCCUUUCCAGAGCCAAGAAAGAUGAUACAGAUGAUGAGAUUGCGAAAUAUGAUGGUAAAUGGGAAGUCCAAGACAUGAAGGAAACAAAGCUUCCAGGAGACAAAGGGCUUGUAAUGGUAACCCGAGCCAAGCAUCAUGCAAUUUCAUCCAAACUUUCCAAGCCAUUUGUGUUUGAUACCAAACCCCUUAUUGUACAAUAUGAAGUAAACUUCCAAAAUGGAAUAGAGUGUGGUGGUGCCUAUGUGAAAUUGCUCUCAAAAACCCCUGAGUUGAGCCUGGAUCAGUUCCAUGACAAAACUCCCUAUACAAUAAUGUUUGGUCCUGACAAAUGUGGAGAGGACUACAAAUUGCACUUCAUCUUCCGGCACAAAAACCCAAAGACGGGCAAAUACGAGGAGAAGCACGCAAAGCGCCCAGAUGCAGAUCUAAAGACUUACUUUACUGAUAAGAAGACUCAUCUUUAUACUCUAGUCUUGAAUCCUGACAAUAGUUUUGAGAUACUGGUUGAUCAAACAGUUGUCAACAGUGGGAAUUUGCUCAAUGAUAUGUCUCCUCCUGUGAAUCCACCCCGAGAGAUUGAGGACCCAAAUGACCAGAAGCCUGAGGACUGGGAUGAGAGACCAAAAAUUCCAGACCCAGAUGCUGUUAAACCAGAUGACUGGGAUGAGGAUGCUCCUGCAAAGAUCGCGGAUGAAAACGCUGUGAAACCAGAGGGCUGGCUGGAUGAUGAACCAGAAUAUGUAGCAGACCCUGAUGCUGAGAAACCUGAAGAUUGGGAUGAAGAUAUGGAUGGUGAAUGGGAGGCACCUCAGAUUGCAAAUCCCAAAUGUGAGGCAGCUCCUGGCUGUGGUACCUGGCAGCGCCCCAUGAUUGACAAUCCAAACUACAAAGGCAAAUGGAAGCCUCCUAUGAUUGAUAAUGUGAACUAUCAGGGUAUAUGGAAACCUAGAAAGAUCCCAAACCCCGAUUUUUUUGAAGACUUGGAACCUUUCAAGAUGACUCCUGUCAGUGCUGUGGGACUUGAGUUAUGGUCCAUGACAUCUGACAUCUUUUUUGACAACUUUAUCAUCUGUACUGAUAGAGCUGUGGCUGAUGAUUGGGCCAGUGAUGGAUGGGGACUGAAGAAGGCAGCUGAUGGUGCUGCAGAGCCGGGUGUUGUGGGCCAGAUGAUGGCAGCUGCUGAAGAGCGUCCCUGGCUGUGGGUAGUCUACAUCCUCACUGUGGCUUUGCCGGUGUUCCUUGUUGUCCUUUUCUGCUGUUCUGGGAAGAAACAGCCAAGUGCUGCAGAAUACAAGAAGACUGAUGCUCCUCAGCCUGAUGUGGUAGACGAUGAGAAAGAAGAAGAAAAAGAUAAAGGGGAAAAGGAAGAGGAGGAGGAAGAUGAGGAUGCAAAUGAGGAAAAACUUGAGAAGCAGAAAGGUGAUGCUGAUCUAGGAAGUGCUAGUCAAGAGGAGGAAGAGGAGGAGGAAGACGAUAGGAAACCUGCAUCAGAGGAGGAGGAAACUGUGAAUAGAUCACCCAGAAACAGAAAGCCAAGGAAAGAUUGAAAAAAGUCAUAAGAACUUGAUCUGUAAUUUCUUUUUUUUUUGUUGUUGUUUUCAAACAUGGUUCUGGGAGAGGACCUUGGACACCUUACAUUGAAACUUGGACAAACCUCAAGAUUUCACCAUCCACAGGUUCCAGUCACACUAUCCAAUGUAAUGGAGUGUCUAGCAGUAAAAUAUUUGCAAUCAUUUGUUCUAAAGAGCAUCAUUCCUGUAGAAAGAAAGCAUUUAAUAUAAUGGGCUGUGGAUUUUGGAAUGUAACAUAACUAACCUUUUCAUUUUUGGUUUAAAAUAUUCUUUUCUGUUAAGUAGAUUGGUAGAAUUUUUCUGGACUCAAACCUUGGCUUAAUUUAAUAUAUUAAUUAGUGAAAUAUAACAAUGAAUCUUGAAAGUGCUAGGUGAUAAAAAUGCAGUUUUAUAACUAGGUUUUUUUUACAAAUAUGUAAAUUCCUAAAUGCACCAAUGUCUUUAUACCCCUUAAAAUUUGGUACCCCUUAAAGAAAAGUUGUCAAUGCAUUUGACAACGCCCCUGCCCUCAAAAGAAAAGACAACUGGGGGGAUGUAUGGGGAAACCAGUAGUGAAAUUCUAACCAAUCGACUUCAUUCUUUUGGGGGGAGGGGAAAGAGGAAGAAGGGGUGGAAGGAAGGGGUUAGGCAGUCUAUAGAAUAUAUUCAUACUGUGCAUGGCUAAAGCCCUGUUAAAUGUCAACAAAUGAUCUAGGAUUUGGAGUGGGUCAUCUUAAUGUGGCGUUUAAUCCUGCAGAGCUUGCAGACAACCAAUUUUAUUUGUUCUUGAACUCUUUUUGUGAAGCUGAGGGUUGCUGGAGAGGUGUGGUUAGGCUACUUCCCCCUUUGCCCUCUGUUCAGCCACCGAUGUUUUCCUCUCUGUGACGAUACAGCUCUUCCUGAGAGCAGCUUUGCCUCAGUUGCUGAAGCACCUCAUGUUCAGCUCAUUGUCAAGCUCAAUUUCAUAGCUAAGCCUACUCCUUUCCAGGGUCCAACACUGAAUAAGACAGUGUCCCUUAUCCUCUCACUGUUGUCACUGUAUGUCUGCUGUAGAAAUGGGGGAGGUAGGCAGGUGGACAAGGUGAACUGAGUAUUUGUUAAGGAAACAAAAAUCACAACCAAGAUGUCAGUAUUGUAGGUGGGGAAGGAGCAUGUGGAAUCUCUUAACUGGUAUGUGAAACUGUUUUAAGUCCUUUUAUCUGCUCUUCAUGUAACAAAUGCAUUCUAAAUUAUAUUGUGAAUGUUAGGAAAUUCCAAAUCCAGCUGAAUAAAUUUUUUAAAAGUGUCGAGUCUGCCAUACUGCACUGUUUCAAACACCUUUUUGUUUUUUUGUGGAAUGCAGGUGAGCACUACAAGAGCAUUACCUCUGAGGGUGAGAUGGAUGUAAUUCAUUACACUGUACCAAAUAUGUUGGCAUUUGGAUGUCUAUAUAGAUAAAGUUUUGCCUUUGUUUAGAAUGAAAUUAAAUGUCCUGAAAUUAUUCUUCUUGCACUGAACUUAAACACUCCAGUGUUGUUUGGUCAUAUGAUAGGUAUAGUAUGUGGAAUAAUUCCCAGGGGUUGUGGGGGGAAGAGUGUUCCAAUUACUUUGCAAACAAUCUAACCAAUUACUAAAAGACUUGUUUUGGGUUUGUUUGGUUUUUGUUUUUUGGGUUUUUUUUUGUAAAACACCUUUUGCUGCCUGUCCUUAUGUUGUAUCCCUUGGUUGUUGUGUUUGAAAUAUUAGUGAUCACAAAUGCAUAACAGGAUUUCUUGAUCUCUCUGCAGUGUACAAAUAAACUAUUGUAAGCAAGA